AUGGACUGUGGUAAGAUGAACUGUAAUAAGAUGGACUGUGGUAAGAUGAACUGUAGUAAGAUGAACUGUGGUAAGAUGAACUGUAAUAAGAUGGACUGUGGUAAGAUGGACUGUAAUAAGAUGGACUGUGGUAAGAUGAACUGUAAUAAGAUGGACUGUGGUAAGAUGGACUGUAAUAAGAUGGACUGUGGUAAGAUGAACUGUAAUAAGAUGGACUGUGGUAAGAUGAACUGUGGUAAGAUGGACUGUGGUAAGAUGGACUGUGGUAAGAUGGACUGUGGUAAGAUGGACUGUGGUAAGAUGAACUGUAAUAAGAUGGACUGUGGUAAGAUGAACUGUAAUAAGAUGGACUGUGGUAAGAUGAACUGUAAUAAGAUGGACUGUGGUAAGAUGAACUGUGGUAAGAUGGACUGUGGUAAGAUGGACUGUGGUAAGAUGGACUGUGGUAAGAUCGACUGUGGUAAGAUGAACUGUGGUAAGAUGGACUGUGGUAAGAUGGACUGUAAUAAGAUGGACUGUGGUAAGAUGAACUGUAAUAAGAUGGACUGUGGUAAGAUGAACUGUAAUAAGAUGGACUGUGGUAAGAUGGACUGUGGUAAGAUGGACUGUGGUAAGAUGAACUGUGGUAAGAUGGACUGUGGUAAGAUGGACUGUGGUAAGAUGGACUGUGGUAAGAUGAACUGUGGUAAGAUGGACUGUGGUAAGAUGAACUGUGGUAAGAUGGACUGUAGUAAGAUGAACUGUGGUAAGAUGGACUGUGGUAAGAUGGACUGUGGUAAGAUGAACUGUAAUAAGAUGGACUGUGGUAAGAUGAACUGUGGUAAGAUGGACUGUGGUAAGAUGGACUGUGGUAAGAUGGACUGUGGUAAGAUGAACUGUGGUAAGAUGGACUGUAGUAAGAUGAACUGUGGUAAGAUGGACUGUGGUAAGAUGGACUGUGGUAAGAUGAACUGUGGUAAGAUGAACUGUGGUAAGAUGGACUGUGGUAAGAUGAACUGUGGUAAGAUGAACUGUGGUAAGAUGAACUGUGGUAAGAUGGACAGUGGUAAGAUGAACUGUGGUAAGAUGGACUGUGGUAAGAUGAACUGUGGUAAGAUGAACUGUGGUAAGAUGAACUGUGGUAAGAUGGACAGUGGUAAGAUGAACUGUGGUAAGAUGGACUGUGGUAAGAUGAACUGUGGUAAGAUGAACUGUGGUAAGAUGAACUGUGGUAAGAUGAACUGUGGUAAGAUGAACUGUGGUAAGAUGAACUGUGGUAAGAUGGACUGUGGUAAGAUGAACUGUGGUAAGAUGAACUGUGGAAAGAUGAACUGUGGUAAGAUGAACUGUGGUAAGAUGGACUGUGGUAAGAUGAACUGUGGUAAGAUGAACUGUGGUAAGAUGGACUGUGGUAAGAUGAACUGUGGUAAGAUGAACUGUGGUAAGAUGAACUGUGGUAAGAUGGACAGUGGUAAGAUGAACUGUGGUAAGAUGGACUGUGGUAAGAUGAACUGUGGUAAGAUGAACUGUGGUAAGAUGAACUGUGGUAAGAUGGACUGUGGUAAGAUGAACUGUGGUAAGAUGGACUGUGGUAAGAUGAACUGUGGUAAGAUGAACUGUGGUAAGAUGAACUGUGGUAAGAUGGACUGUGGUAAGAUGAACUGUGGUUGUACAAAAACAAAACACCUAUACUGA